CAUAUCCCAGAGGUCACCGCGUGUGGCACGUCGACUGACGGGACGCCUUAGCUCACGCGGACUGUCUCUGGGAGUGCUGAGUCGAACAUCCUCUCACCGUUAGAAACCGGCUGCUGUAGUUCACUGAAUCGGAGACAAACCAUUCCACUUCGAGUUGGGACGCUCUCACUUACUCCAAGGGGUGACCUGAACGUCAGGUUUUGGGCGGACACUUACGGAGACCAAGAACUGCGUAGCUGAAAUCUCACACUAGUGAAAAUCCAAGACCCACCAUGGACCAGAGAGACACUGCCCCUGAUUCAUGGGAACAAGAGGACGAUGUGGAGGCCACGAUUGACGGACAACUUGAUUCAGAAUUCGCGUCCCUAAAUGUGAACGCGAAACCGUUUGUGCCCAAUGUGAACGCCGUCGAAUUUGUACCCACUUUUGUUGUUAAAGCACAUUCCGAAAAUCUCGAUUCUGUUGUUGCUGUUGAAAAGAUAUCCACCAUGGAGGUGUCAGAAAGUGCCGCUCCAGUGGAAAACGGCGACUCGGAGAUUACCGCAGAGGAGCCGUGGGACCAGAAAGAGGUCGAGCCGGACGAGGAGGAGCCAGGAGGCGGGUCUUAUGGGGACCGGGGACCAUCGGUGGCAGCAACUACGGAGGAGACGACUCCGGAGACGAUGGAGGAGGAAGAGGAAACGCCAGCGCCCAAGGUGCCACCUACUCAGCCAGAUGCCCCCAAGAAGGAACACAUCAAUGUGGUGUUCAUCGGACACGUAGAUGCUGGCAAGUCCACUAUUGGGGGACAAAUCAUGUAUCUAACAGGCAUGGUAGACAAAAGAACCUUAGAGAAGUACGAGAGAGAAGCCAAGGAGAAGAACCGGGAAACCUGGUAUCUGUCUUGGGCGUUAGACACUAACCAAGAGGAGAGGGACAAAGGCAAGACGGUUGAGGUGGGCCGAGCCUACUUUGAGACAGACAAAAAGCACUUUACCAUCUUAGACGCUCCAGGCCACAAAAGCUUCGUUCCCAACAUGAUCGGAGGUGCAUCACAGGCGGACUUGGCUGUUCUGGUGAUCUCUGCCAGGAAAGGAGAGUUUGAAACUGGUUUUGAAAAGGGUGGACAGACGCGAGAGCACGCCAUGUUGGCCAAAACAGCUGGCGUCAAGCAUCUGAUAGUUCUGGUGAAUAAGAUGGACGACCCGACAGUCAACUGGAGCCUGGAGAGGUAUGAAGAGUGUAAGGAGAAACUAGUGCCAUUUUUGAAGAAAGUGGGCUUCAACCCGAAGAAAGACAUUUACUUCAUGCCGUGCUCCGGACUGACCGGAUCCAACCUGAAGGAGCCCACUGACCUGUGCUCCUGGUACACAGGGUUACCAUUCAUUUCACACUUGGACAGUUUGCCACAUUUCAAGAGAUCAAGUGAUGGCCCCGUCAGAUUGCCCAUCGUAGACAAAUACAAGGACAUGGGCACUGUGAUUCUGGGCAAACUGGAGUCGGGCUCCAUCAGUAAAGCACAGCAGCUGGUCAUGAUGCCAAACCGGCAUGUGGUGGAGCUGUUGAGUCUCCUGUCAGAUGAUGUGGAGACAGACGAUGCCGGGCCGGGGGAAAACCUCAAGCUGCGGCUGAAGGGCAUCGAGGAGGAGGAGAUCCUGCCAGGUUUCAUCCUGUGUAAUGCCGAGAACCUCUGCCACUCAGGGCGCACGUUCGACGCCCAGAUCGUCAUCAUCGAACACAAAUCCAUCAUCUGUCCAGGUUACAACGCAGUCCUUCACAUUCACACCUGCAUUGAAGAAGUGCAACUUACAGCCUUAAUCUGUCUGGUAGACAAGAAGACUGGAGACAAGAGUAAGACACGGCCACGAUUCGUCAAACAGGACCAGGUCUGCAUCGCCCGUCUGCGCACGGCAGGAACCAUUUGCCUCGAGACCUUUAAAGACUUUCCUCAGAUGGGACGGUUCACCUUACGGGAUGAAGGUAAGACCAUCGCCAUCGGUAAGGUGCUGAAGCUGGUAGCUGAGCGGGACUGAAGAGGACGGAUCUGCCUGAGAGUCCGAGUGAGAAGGAAUGGGCGGAGCUCGGUCGCAACCCGACCACACAGUUGUCAGCAGCGACGGCACCUCCCUGUCACGCCCCCUCUUCUGUGCCGAAGGCCAGCUUCGGAAAAAAAAGAACCUGUUUUUAAGCAAAUGACACACCAAGAUGAAGUCCACACGAGUCAGCUUUCUCAUAUUGAGAGCUCAGCUAUGCCAUUCCUGGGUUAGCCCACCUCCCUACAUGAGGGGUGUUCUUCCACUUUUUUUUCUUGCUUUCAUAAAUGACAAUGACAAAUGGCAGAAGUUAUAUCUGUAAACAGAUGUGGACCAGGAUUCUGCUUGGAAUAUAAAGGAUGAUUUUCAGACAUAAAUUGCAAAAGAAAUGGUUUGAAAGAACUUAACCAGUUGAAACCAAAAUGUUUAUCUUGGGUGUACAUGUCUCCCUUUGACCCAGUUUUUGGUUUCUCGUGGCGUUCUGGCAGUGUGCUUGAGCGUGUUCAAAUGUUAUUAAAGCAAACAACUAUGACAAUAAAAUUAUAAAUUGGGAAAACAAAGUGUGUUAAUUUUCAGAGCACAGUCCAGUGGCUGCUUUCAUAUCUCCUUUGUUAAAGUUGUGGUUUCACAAAGCACCAAUUUCAAUGUUGUCAGGCCGUAUGUUGGUGAACAAUGGUAUUCUUAAAAUACUCUUUUGAAAAUAAGGAAUUUUAUUUUGGAAGUUGCUUUUCAAACAGUUAUUAACAGUAUUUUCACAACCUUUCAUGCAACAGUACGUUGGUCUGUUCUGUGAGCCGGAUCAUUUAGAAGCAGAGAGCACCGGCACCUUUGUUUUCUCCUGUACCAUCGUGGUAACCACACUUGUACAGAGAAUACUCAAAGAUCCAGUACUCCAAUACUCAAAGAGUGUGCAGCUACGUGAGUGCACUGAGCAGGUAAACCAACCUAUUGGAUUUGAAAUGAAGGUGAAUGCAGCUGUUUAUUAUAUUAAUCGCAAUGUUUUUUUGUAUUUUACCAAAGAUUUCAUUAGAUUUUGUUAAAAUGGAGAAGUGGUUAAAUUAAGAGUCCGUCCCAAUUUUUAGAAAUUAGUUUUCAGGAAAAUCCCUUUUGUUCUCAAAGCAAUGACUCGUAUGAUUCUUUUGUUUGUUCAGGUGUGAGGAGUUGGGAUGUUUUUCAUGACUUUAACUAUAUCCAACUUUAUUAUCACUUUGUUCUCCAUCUGUGUUCUUGAAAUUGCUAAAAUUACAUUUACUCGAGUACUGUACCGUGAAGGAGUAUUUACAUCAUAUAAUUUAUACUUGUAUUACAGAUGUAAAUAUUCUACUUCUUACGCCACCCCCUUUAUCUGGCUGCUCAGUUUUUAAUUACAGUACUUUGAAGGUUAAGAUUUAACAAAUUCUGCUCAUUGGAUACAACACACGUUAAAGAUUAAAGUAUUUUUUACUUUUGUCACGUCAAGUAGGAUUUUUAAUGCAGGCUUUUUUUAUUUUACUUGUGAUGAAAUAUUUCUAUAUUGUUUUAUUGCUACUUUUACAUGAAAAGAAAAUGAUUUUUAUUAUGAGUACCACUAAUCCUUGUGCACCGAGGAGUGGUUAGGUUUACAGUGUGAUGCUGUGAGCCUGCAUGGAGGGGAGGGGGGGUCAGUCAGUCUGUCAGCGCCGGUCCAGCAGGGAGACACAGAUGGGCUUUAGGUAAGAUGCAGACGGUUAUUCAACAUUUUGUCAUUGUAUACUUGUAUGUUUAUUUGAUGUGGCUGAUGACAUGAUGCUGGAUUAAAUGCCUCUGACCGUU